GUAGCCGGGCUUUAGCCGCUGCUUCUCGGUCCGCCAGAGGUAGUCGCGCGGAUUGAGUGACUCUCCCACUGAAUCAUGGCGGCCUCCGCUUACACUUAUCCAGGCGCUGAGAGACGACGCCACUGCCGACCCAUGGAAGCAGGUCGAGAGAGAUUGGAGGACGACGGCGUUCAGACUCUCACUUCUGUUGAGCAGACAAAGGUAGAGAACAUAGUCCAAGAUGUCUUCAACUCUUACAAGACGAACCAUCAUGACUCACAGUUUGUUUUGCAACGGGAAAAGCACUUCCACUAUCUGAAAAGAGGGCUGAGGCAACUGACAGAUGCUUAUGAGUGUCUGGAUGCUAGUCGCCCAUGGUUGUGCUACUGGAUCUUGCACAGUCUGGAACUGUUGGAGGAGCCCAUCCCAGACUCUAUAGCUUCAGAUGUGUGCCAGUUUCUGAGCCGCUGCCAGAGCCCGAGAGGAGGCUUUGGAGGGGGACCUGGCCAGCAUCCACAUCUUGCUCCGACGUAUGCUGCUGUCAAUGCUCUUUGCAUCAUUGGCACUGAAGAAGCCUACAAUGUUAUUAACAGGGAGAAGCUUCUGGAAUAUUUGUAUUCCCUAAAGCAGCUUGACGGCUCCUUCAUCAUGCACAUAGGAGGGGAAGUGGAUGUCCGGAGUGCCUAUUGUGCUGCAUCAGUGGCUUCUCUUACCAACAUUAUCACAUCGACACUUUUUGAAGGAACACCAGAGUGGAUAGCAAGGUGUCAGAACUGGGAAGGUGGGAUCGGAGGAGUCCCUGGAAUGGAGGCCCAUGGCGGAUACACAUUUUGUGGACUGGCCGCCCUGGUCAUUCUGAAAAAGGAACACGUAUUGAAUCUGAAAAGCUUAUUACACUGGGUUACAAGUCGCCAGAUGCGUUUUGAAGGAGGUUUUCAGGGCCGCUGUAACAAGCUGGUGGAUGGCUGCUACUCCUUCUGGCAGGCUGGGUUGCUACCUCUCCUACAUCGAGCACUGCAUGGCAGAGGUGAACCUGCCCUCAGUAUGACACAUUGGAUGUUCGACCAGCAAGCGCUGCAGGAAUACAUCCUGCUAUGUUGCCAGUGUCCUGCAGGGGGCCUCUUGGACAAACCUGGCAAGUCACGGGACUUUUACCAUACCUGCUACUGCCUGAGCGGGCUCUCAAUAGCACAACACUUUGGCAGUGGGGACCUCCUCCAUGAAGCUGUGCUAGGAGUGCCAGAGAACCGGCUGCGGCCUACACAUCCUGUGUACAACAUCUCCCCUGAGAAAGUGGUGCAAGCUGCGAUGUUCUUUCUGAAGAAGGCUGUUCCAAAUAGAGAGAACGAGACUGCUGCUAAUUAAGAGGGACUGCUGCACUUGUUAGACACUGCGCAAUGCAUCUUCCUCCCAUUCAGUGCAUGGUGCUACAAAAUGUUGUGGCCCUCCUGUAGCCCAUCCACGGAAUUAACUUUCUUGAUCCCUCAAAAGUUGGCUUGACUGUUGUGUGUGUCUUUUGCGAGAGCUCUGCUAGCCAUACCAAAAACGAGCAGUGGCGAGUACCUAGUAGCAGACUCGUUACGUGGUGGUGUAUAACUAGAUGUGCUGGUUGCUCGCUAGCAGGUGUGGGUUUGGGUUUCCAAAGAAAAGGAGCAUGUUCACAUUUUUAACGUUUGGCAAAGCAGCCCUGAUGUUGCACUUGCACUAUGCUAAGCAUCUUAGGAAGGCACCUUCUCUUGUAUACUGGCCUGGCUGCAGGAGAUGCCCUGACCUAGGCCCCUUGUAGACAAUAUGAGUUUUGUCCAUUAUACACUCCCUGCAGUACAGGCCAGGUACUGAGUUUGUGAAACGAAGUGUUAUAAUCAACAGGUCAGAAAUAAACAAGUUAGACAGAAUAGUUGCUGCAUCCUUGUGGACGAGCUGCUGAAUCCUAUUGGGAAAGCGGUUUUUCCCCCAUGAUAUAAAAUAGUGUCUAGAAGCCCUCUUCUGGCACUGAAAGAAGGCAGGAUUCUGGCCUAAACACUCUCUUUUGCAAAUUAAUAUUAGUCUGCCCAGGGAGGAACUGACAAUAUUGUUUGUGCAUUUUAUUAAAAAAACCUAAUUCAUUUCUUA